AUGUUUAGUGCAGGGUCAAGCCCAUACUCAGUUGCAGUAGGUGAUUUCAACGAAGAUGGCCAUCUUGAUAUCGUGACUGUGUCUCAAGAUCACGAUACAGUAGUCGUCUUGUUCGGGAAUGGAUUAGGGAGCUUCCAGCCACAGACCGAAUUCUCAGCCGGGGCUGAUCCGCUUGGUGUUGCAGUUGGCGACUUCAACGAGGAUAGCCAUCUUGAUAUCGUGGUUACAAACGGCAACGAUAAUUCAAUUGCAUUUACUGUAGGGGUCGGCCCGAUUGAUAUUGCAGUAGGUGAUUUUAACGGAGAUGGCCAUCUCGAUGCUGUAGCUGUUAAUAGCGUCAGCAAUUCAGUGAGCGUCUUACUUGGAAAUGGCUUAGGGAGUUUCCUGCCACAGGCGGCAUUCCUCGUGGGGUCCAAUCCAAGUCGUGUUGCAGUGGGCGACUUCAAUAGAGAUGGCCACCCCGAUAUCGUGGCUACAUCUUCCAGCACAAACUCAGUGAGCGUGUUGAUUGGAAAUGGAUUGGGGAGCUUCCAGUCGCAGGCCAUAUCUCCCGUGGGUACUUCUCCGAUUGGUGUUGCAGUGGGCGAUUUCAACGAAGAUAGCUACCUCGAUAUCGUGACUGCGAAUAGCGACGCCAGCUCACUGAGCAUCUUAUUUGGAAAGCCUUGCGAUACUUAA